CUCUGGUCAUCUCCUGUACUAUGUCCACAGUCUCUGGUCAUCUCCUGUACUGUGUCCGCAGUCUCUGGUCAUCACCUGUACUAUGUUCACAGUCUCUGGUCAUCUCCUGUACUAUGUUCACAGUCUCUGGUCCAUCUCCUGUAUUCUGUCUGCAGUCUCUGACCAUCUCCUGUAUUCUGUCUGCAGUCUCUGACCAUCUCCUGUAUUCAUCUGCAGUCUCUGACUAUCUCCUGUACUAUAUCUGCAGUCUCUGACUAUCUAUAGUAGUCUGUCUGCAGUCUCUGACCAUCUACAGUAAUCUGUCUACAGUCUCUAACCAUCUCCUGUACUAUAUCUGCAGUC